AUGGAGGGGGAACUUAAGUGUCCCAUGUGCUUGCAGUUCUAUUGUAAUCCGCUUUUAUUACCGUGUUCUCAUUCUAUUUGUGCUUCAUGUGCUUCAAAUAUUCAAGAAUCGUCGCAAACUUUUUUAACGCAGUUAGAAGAAGGUGGAUGUUCCUCUACCCCCGGAGAAGGUGAUUUAAAAGAUUUUCCUGACAUCGAUAAAAUUAGUAUUUUAAGUGAAACAGACAGUGGUGUCGUAUGUAACAGUCGUCCAAGUAGUUAUAUAGGAACACCUAGUAUCGCAAAUAUUUAUCAAACUGUGCAAUUCACUCAAAAUUCUUAUGGAAUUAAAUGCCCUGUGUGUAAGAAAAUUAUUUUGCUGGAUGAAAAUGGAUACAAAUCACUCCCAUGCAACAAAGUGUUGGAGACCAUUGCUGAGAAAUUCAGUCAUAGUAAAUAUAAACCACUAACUCUGUAUGUGAACUGUCAAAUGUGUGAGCACAAUGAAGCAAAAGAAGCAGUUGUCAUGUGUGAACAGUGCAAUGUAUUUUACUGUCAGUCUUGCAAAGAGAGUUGCCAUCCAGACAGGGGGCCACUGGCCAAACACAAUCUCCUGGACACGAUACAGGGGAGAGCCCUGCAGCGGGCCCGCAAUAAGGGAAGAGAACUCCGCUGUCUGGAACAUGAAGAGGAACAACUCGGCAUGUACUGCAUGACAUGCGGUAUACCUGUAUGCUGCACUUGCCAGCAUGAGGGAGGACACAGUCAGCAUGAUGUGCAGGCCAUUGGGGCAAUGUGUAAAGCACAAAAGCUAGACCUUUCUCAGAUUCUGCAGUCUUUGUCCGAGAAAGCCAAAGUUGGAACAGAGUUCAUCCAGAGUUUAAAGUCCAUGACAGACCAAGUCCAUGGGAACUGUUUAGACUUUGAGGCCACAGUGGCAGCCCAGUGUGAUGCUUUGAUUGAUGCCAUCAAGAAGAGAAAGCAGGAGCUGUUGGUCCACGUUGCAGAGGAACGAGACCUGAAGAUCAGCAUGUUGAAGGAGCAGGCCUCUCAGUGCACCGCACUGCUACAGCGCACCACAGGGCUACUGCAUUUCUCCAUUGAAGUCCUAAAAGAAAGUGACCCAGCUUCAUUUUUACAGGUAUCCAGUGGUCUCAUCAGCCGAGUGUCCACAGCCGACCAGAACUUCAACAAAGACAUGGAGCUGACCCCGCGCAUCGCCACGGAGAUAGACUUGACCUUGGAUACUGGCCCUACCCUUCAUGCUAUCCAAACUAUGAACUUUUUUCAACUGAAAGGUACAGCAGCCGUGCUCUCAAAGUUUUCUAAUCUUUUGUGGCGAUGGCGGUCUGAUCUAGCUCACUAUGAAACUCCUGGUAAACCAAGAAUUGUACCAGAGGACUGUAGUGCUGAGAAUAACAGUGUGACCAUCGCGUGGCAACCACACAUGGGAAAUGUGGUAGAAAACUACAGCCUGGAAUUAGAUGAUGGUUGUGGAGGAGAUUUUAGGGUUGUGUAUGUUGGAAGUGAGACAAUUUGUACUGUGGAUGGCCUUCACUUUAACAGCACGUACUAUGCUCGGGUCAAGGCCACCAACAACUCUGGAGACAGUGACUACAGUGAUCCCAUCAGUCUACAAACAGCUGAAGUGGCUUGGUUUACUCUGGAUCCUUUCUCAGCUCAUCCAGACAUCCUUUUUUCAAAUGACAAUCACACAGCAACCUGCAACAGUUACGAACACCGUAUCUUGUUGGGAGGUGUAGGAUUUUCCAAAGGGGUCCAUUACUGGGAAGUGAUCAUAGAUCGAUAUGACAAACACUCUGAUCCAGCCAUUGGAAUAGCCAGGUUUGAUGUGGACAAAUGCCAGAUGUUAGGCAAGGAUGAGAAAGGAUGGAGUAUGUACAUUGAUGAUGGAAGAAGCUGGUUCAUGCACAGUGAUGAACACUCAGAGAGGACGGAUGGGGGGAUCAAAAGGGGGAGUGUGAUUGGAGUCCUGUUGGACCUAGACAGGCACAGACUCUGUUACUUUGUGGACAGUAUACCCCAUGGACCAGUAGCAUUCAAGAAUCUCCAUGGCGUCUUUUUCCCAGCCCUCAGUAUUAAUCGUAAUGUUCAAGUGACCCUUCGAACGGGUCUGGAGCCCCCAGCGGAAAGUGAAUCUGAUGAUGAGUAAUGGAAAAAUGUUUGUUCUUUUUUACUGGAAAAUCUGCCAUAUUGGUUGUGCAAUAAUUGGACGUGCUGAGAAUCAUCCAAAAGAUAUUUUUCUAGUCAAAUUUUGUUCAUGCAUGGGUGUUGCAUUUUUAACACACAAAUAUCAUGACUUUUUUUUGUGAAGAUGUGAAACAAUUUUCAUAAUCUAACCUCAUUUCUGAGAUAAAAUCUUGUUUUAGAGAAAAUGUAAAAACAGCAACGAAUCUCACUUUUUUUGUAUGGAAACUUGUAUUUGUCAUCAACAGUUAUUUUAUUUAUCUAUACAUUUUGCAAUUGUUUGAAAAUCUUUGCUCAUUACCAUCUUAUUAAAGAUCUACAAAAAGAACAUGAACAUUGUAAAACAUCUGAUCCACACAAGUGUUGGGUGGAACUGUUCAUAAUGUUAUGAUUAUUUUGAAUUGAAAUAUUUUUGGAAUCUUCGGUAAAAACUUUUCUUUUUUUUUUUACUCACCUUAUUUUUUGUUCACCUAUGAUGAAUAUAUUUCUCAAGGCAUUUGAUUUUGCAGAAUUUUCAUCAAACAAAAAAAAAAUCUUGGUACAAAAGGGUGGAAGUAAAAUCUUUAUAAUAUUGAACACUAUUUCUCAUGAUAAACAUACAUACGCGCAAGAUAUAAAGAGUGAUAUUUAUACCAAGUAUGUAAUUUUGAAAGGUCGUUCUAUUUUGCUAUGGAUGAGAUUUGCUUUUAGCAAAGCCAAAAAGAACCUUCACUGUAUAAAUAUAGCAUGAAAACCAAUGCUAUUACUGUAUGUAGAAAAAUUGCUGUGAAAGGAGUUUGUUGACUUCUUUUAGCAUGUACAUAACUAGUCUGUACAUAGCUUCAAAGAUUGUGUUGAUGUCCUUUUUUCAAACAAAAGCAUUUCAUUUAACUUUCAUAUUUUCAAAGUGCUAGGUUAAACAAUAUCAAUUGACAAUCUAUGUAAGGCCAAAGUGUUCAGUGAUUUGUUUUAUGUCUUCAGUAUUUCUUGUAAUUAAGAAGCCUGGUUUAUCCAUGCAGGCAAUUCUACUCCAGCAUGCUAGGCUCAUGGUGAGACUUUUGACUUGAUGGGGAGCUUAGGGAUGUUACCUGAGGCUCUUACUUGUAGGAAUAUUUUGAUUCAUGCUUCUCAAACAUUGAUUUCUUAGAUAAUUCUGAAUCUCAUUGAAUUGAUAUUUUCAAAUCUUUUGACCAUAUUUGAAGUCUUUGGAUUGUCUUAUUUGACUACUAAAUUCACCAUCUAUAAGCAAUAUUAUUGCUUUUUAGGAUAUAAAACAAAUAAUUUGAGAACUUUGGCCUAGAUAUGGUGCAAUAUUUACUCAGGUUGUCUCCCCUUUAUCACUGUCAUCCAAUAUUUGCCAAAAAGGACCAGAUUUUUUUUAUCAGAUAAAUCUACAUUGAGAAAGUGACAUUUAAAGGGCUUUUAAAAAUGAGAAGCUGAUAGCUGUUUAUCCUGCAGUCAUUUUAGCAAAGUGCACCUUGAUCCGAUACAAGACAUUUUUAUAUUAUUUUGAAACAUUGUGAUAUUUUUCUUUUUUUUUCUUUUUUUUUUCUUUUUUUACUUUGAACAAGUAUUUAUAGAUACAUUUGUACUUUUUAUGAUUUAUUAAUAUUUUAUUAGAUGAUCAUUUUUUAAAACAUCAUUUGUAUUCUGAAAAUGUUUACCCCAAAACUAGUUUUGUUACAGUAAUACAUUAUUAUUUUACAAUGAUAAAUAAUUGUAAUUGAUGCCUAAAUUUUUUUUGAUUUGUUACUGUUUGGAUAUUUUCUUUACACCCAUCACAGCAGUUAAGUUGUAAACUUAUGUAAAUAAUUUCUUACUGCAACAUUGAGAAUAUAAGUGGGUAAUUAUAAUUAUUUGUUUCAGCAUUUGUACUUGUGCUGUUGUACACCUUUCAUGAAAUUUUACCACUUGAUAAAAUUGAAAAGUUAAUACUAGUAUGUGGAAUUAUAGAAGUUUCUUUUUAGCUGGAAACAAUACAAAUCCUUUUGUAUGAAUCAAAUAAAAAAUGUUUAUUCUAAGCAUUUGAAUGAAUAAAUGAGUAAAUUGCCAAA